AUGGAGCAGAUGAAGGGGUCAGCUGUGCUUCUGCUGGAGCUGCUAAUUCUUGGGGGCCUGAGAGCAGGGAAGGGCUCUGCUGUCCUGGGCACCCUGGAUCUACAAAUAGAUGAGGAGCAGCCAGCUGGCACCAUCAUUGGGGACAUUAGUGCUGGCUUGCCCCCUGGCACCAGUGCCUACAUGUAUUUCAUCUCGGCACAGGAGGGCAGCGGCGUCACCACCGACUUGGGGAUAGAUGAGAACACUGGUAUCAUCAAAACAGCUCGUGUGCUGGACCGAGAGACUCGGGACCGCUACAGCUUCAUUGCCGUGACGCCGGAGGGCAUCACAGUAGAAGUGAACAUCCAAGUGAAUGACAUCAAUGACCAUGCUCCGGCAUUUCCCAAACGACACAGCACCUUCCAGAUCCCGGAGCACACGCCGAUCGGCAGCAGGUUUCCCUUGGACCCAGCCUUUGAUGCUGACAGUGGCCUACUCAACACGCAAGGCUAUGUUAUUAAGGGAGGGAACGUGGGGCAGGCCUUCCGCCUGGAAACACGCCGAGCACCCAACGGCGUCCUGUAUUUGGACCUGGUGGUCAGCAAUGUCUUGGAUCGGGAGAAUCGGUCGUCAUACUCGCUGCUGUUGGAAGCCUAUGAUGGCGGCUCUCCUCCCCGGAGUACCCAGAUGACGCUGGAUGUGUCCAUCCAGGACAUCAAUGACAACGCUCCUAGCUUCAACCAGAGCCGCUAUCAUACUCUCAUCUCAGAGAAUCUGAAGCCUGGCAGCAGCAUCCUGCAGGUCUUUGCCUCUGACGCAGAUGAAGGUGACAAUGGGGAUGUGAUUUAUGAGAUCAACCGGCGGCAGAGCGAUCCUGACCAGUACUUCACCAUUGACCCCCAGACUGGAGUGAUCAAGCUCAACAAGGGUCUGGACUACGAAGUAAGGAAGGUGCAUGAGCUGGUGGUGCAGGCAAGGGAUAAGGCUGUCCACCCUGAGGUCACCACGGCCUUUGUCACUAUUCAUGUGCGUGACUACAACGACAACCAGCCCACCAUGACUAUCAUCUUCCUGAGCGAAGACGGCUCCCCUCAGAUCUCUGAGGGAGCCCAGCCUGGCCAGUACGUGGCACGCAUUUCUGUUUCUGACCCGGACUAUGGCGAGUACUCCAAUGUCAAUGUCACGCUGGAGGGAGGGGAUGGGAAGUUUGCCCUCACUACCAAGGACAACAUCAUCUACCUGAUCUGUGUGGACCAGCUUCUGGAUCGGGAAGAAAGAGACUCUUAUGAUUUGCGGGUGACAGCUACUGACUCAGGAACACCUCCGCUCCGGGCAGAAUCAGCCUUUGUGCUGCAGGUGAUGGAUAUCAAUGACAAUCCUCCACUCUUUGACCAGCAAGAGUACAAACAAAGCAUCCCCGAGGUUGUCUACCCAGGCAGCUUUGUCCUGCAGGUGACAGCUCGUGACAAGGACCAGGGUCCCAAUGGGGAGGUGCGGUACAGUAUUGUCCAUGGCCGUGACACGCACUCCAGCUGGUUUGCCAUAGACCCUGCCACAGGUAUCAUCACCACUGCAGCCCCACUGGAUUAUGAGAAGGACCCUCAGCCUCAGCUGACUGUGCUGGCCACAGACCGGGGAACUCCUGCCCUCUCUUCCUCAGCGGUGGUGCACGUGGCCCUGCAGGAUGUCAAUGACAACGAGCCAGUGUUCAGGAGCAAUUUCUACAACGUGUCCCUGAAGGAGAACACCCCUGUUGGGACCUGCUUCUUACAG